GAAAAAGCUCGUUCGCAUCUACCUGUCAUUGGUCGUCGGUUUGGUAAGCGCACCGACUGCGCAGCCGCAGACUGGUUCUCAAAUCUGGCGGUACAGUCAGCUGACGAAGGGCGCGGAGUCAGCUUGAACUUGUAUGCAAACGUCGGUCUUCGGUGGGCCUUUUCAGACAUGGCUGCUCCUGUAAACCUGUGACAGGAUGCAGAAGUCUGGGAGUCGGCCGCCGCAGGACUUCCUGUUAUAUGUGAUCUUACAGAGCCGGAUCCCUGAAUCGGUCCAAGAGCCGUAGUCACGAGUUGCUCACGACACGCAGUCAUUUCCUACAAAGUACCGCACGUACAAAGCCCAUACCCGGCUGCUCGGAGGGGGAAGUUGGAUGCCGGCAUACUUUGAUUUCCUUCUCCACGGUUUGGCUUUGGCCCGGACACGAAAGAUGCUCUCCUUUGAGCAAGUGAAGCGGAGCUUGGAGAACGCAGGGCAGCCGCACGUCCUGCAGUUUUGGCCCGAGUUGUGCGAGGGGGACAGGGAGAGCUUCCUCCAGGAGCUAUCUCAGCUGGACCUGCAGGGGCUGAGGGAUCACUGUGAAGGGGCCGCGAAGGCUGCAGCCUCCCCCUCUGCUAGUCUGGACCAAUACGUAGAGCCGGUCCCCCCACAGUCCAUCGGCAGCGUUAGGAAAAGCGACAGAGACUCUCUCGCAGCGUGGGAAAAUGAAGGGCUGAUGCAGAUCUCAAAGAAUCGAGUUGGAGUCCUGCUCUUGGCUGGCGGUCAGGGGACCCGUCUUGGCGUUCAGUAUCCCAAAGGGAUGUACAAUGUUGGGCUACCAAGCGGCAAAACCUUGUAUCAGAUCCAGGCAGAACGCAUUCACAAAAUCCAGGAGCUGGCAGAUGUCAAGCAUGGUUCAAAAUGCACCAUUCCGUGGUACAUAAUGACCAGUGAGUUCACUCUGGCUCCCACUGAGAAGUUCUUCAAGGAGGCCAACUACUUUGGUCUGGAGCCAUCAAACAUCUUUUUUUUUGAGCAAAGGAUGAUCCCAGCAGUGACCUUUGAUGGGAAGGUCAUCCUGCAGGGUAAAGGGAAGAUUGCCAUGGCCCCAGAUGGUAAUGGUGGUCUGUACCAGGCGUUGAGGGACAACAUGGUGCUGGAAGACAUGAAGAAGAAGGGUGUUGAGUACCUGCAUGUGUACUGUGUGGACAACAUCCUGGUCAAGAUGGCUGACCCUGUGUUCAUUGGGUUCUGUCUCUACAAAGGGGCUGACUGUGGAGCCAAGGUGGUCGAGAAGGCGCACCCUGCAGAGCCAGUGGGCGUGGUUUGCAGGGUGCAAGGCAUCUCCCAGGUUGUGGAAUACAGCGAGAUCCAGCCAGAGACAGCUGAACUCCGAGGACCCGGAGGAGAAUUGGUCUACAGUGCCGGAAAUAUCUGUAAUCACUUCUUUACCAGGGCUUUCCUGCAGGAUGUAGCAGAGAAAUUUGAAGGCCAAAUGAAACAACAUGUUGCAAUGAAGAAAGUGCCCUUUGUGGACACGCGUGGCAAUCAAGUCAAACCCACCAAUCCCAAUGGCAUAAAGAUGGAGAAAUUUGUCUUUGAUGUCUUUCCAUUCUCAAGGAACUUUGUUGUGUUUGAGGUUGUAAGAGAGGAUGAGUUUUCCCCCCUGAAAAAUGCAGAUGGGGCAGCCACAGACAGCCCGACCACGUCCAGGAACUCUUUGCUGGCUCAGCAUUGCCGCUGGGCCAUGGCUGCUGGAGCCAAGCUGCUAGAUGAACAUGGGAAUACCCUUCCUACUACAGCUAGUGUAUCAGCGGGGGACAAUACUCCAGCUCAUUGUGAGAUUUCACCACUGGUCUCGUACUUUGGAGAGGGCCUGGAGCCGCUGCUGAAAGGGAAGACACUGCCAACUCCAUUCAUUCUGGAUAAAAAACAGGCCGAAGAGCUGCAGGCUCAGAAACAUUUCUCUGAUGAACAGAGUACUAUGUGAUUGCCAGCAGACAUUUCACCACUGUGAAGUACAGCAUGGAGAAGAAAAUCCUAUAUGUAAUUGUUUGGGUAGUUUCGGCCCAAGUAUGCACAACUGUUUAAAUUCAUUUUUGAAGUGUAUGUGUUAUAUCGAUAAUUAUUAUGAUAAUUAUAUCGAAUUGCCAUUUCAUGCAUCUAAUGUAAUUGUCACUUUUGUAAGAGCCACAAAUCAUGUGAUUUGCUCACUUGAAAACAAGGGACAAGCAGCAAGCUAUGGGAACUUAUAUAAACAUUGAUUUAUUUUACAUCUAGUAAAAAAUAUAAUCAAA